AUGAGGGACUUAGCUGCAGCCAUGCAAACAUUUAACCUGAUGAUCACAGUUUAUAAUUCAAGUUUCCUGUUCGGAUACAACACGAAUGAAAAUGCAUUGACUAGUGCGAAAAACGUGGUUGCAAAAGCAGAAAGUGAUUACAAUAGACUGACAGAGAUUCUUAAUAGUAUUGCAGCUCAGAACUUAACAUCUAGUGCCAUAAUUGACAGUCUGAGUGCUCAGUCGGCCACCCACAGGGACAACAUGGCUGCUGUUAGUGUAUCAAGCGGUAUCACCAAGACCUUGGCGACACAAGUCCUGCAAGAGGCCGGGGACACGCUGGCCAUUGUCAAUGUCUUUUUGUCCGCAGCUCAAAUCAGCAAGGCCAACUUGACCACUGCUUUCCUGGAUGUUAUUCUGGGCAUCGAGUCCCUCAACGCCCUCUUGACCAAGCUGGGUCAGGCGGAAGGGGUCUACCAGAACAUAAAUUCAAUAACUCUGCGACCGCAUUCAGACAUGGCGGCCAUAACAGCCAACAUCUCCAGCAUCAUCAUCAACAUGGCGACUGUUGCUCAGACCAAUCAGAAGGCCGAUGCAGCACUUCUUACAGCUCAGCAGGCUAUGGUCAAAACACAGAAGGCCAGGGAUGACUCACAGCAGGCUAAGGAGGAGGUUGAGGGCAUACAGACGGCACUGAACCAGGCCGCUGCCCUGAAGACCGAAGUAAUCACCCUGAAGGCGCAGAGUGACUCCCAGAACCAGACCAUCUUCACAGUACUGGGGGCGGCCCAGAGUUACAGCAGCCAGGUGACGUCAUUGGGGACACUCACCAGUUCCAACAUCAACAACGUCGAAACCUUCAUCAGCUCUAUCAACCAGUGCAUCACUGACAGUACAGUUCAGGCAGCAGGACUCCGCACGGCAGCUCAGUCCGCUCUCGACAAAGCUACAGAGGCUGAACAGGGUCUGGACACCAUCAUCACCCUGACAAGUGUCAUCAACUCACGUGUUGGCCUGAACAAUGUGUCGGCACCAUUCAACAUCCUCGACAAUGUCAACACUGACUUGACAACUCUGGAGACAAACUUAAACAGCGUGGAAUCUAUCACAGACUUGAACGCGAUGCUACAGAAGUACCUGGAACAGCUGAGGGAGAUCGAGGCAAUCAAGACGGAGGUGCAGACGCUGGAGACGGAGCUGGAUGGUCUCAUCGUAAGACUGACUUUGAAAACAACGUCUGGGACAGCGCAAUGCAGCAACUGAUGCCACUACGCCUACCUUGCUCUGCACAUACGUGACGGAAACUCAGCAGUGUAUAUUGUCAUCAGUAUGUGCCACUGACGGAUUCCGAGGGGGGAUAGGGGAUAGGGGGCGGGGAGACACUCCUCUUCUUGCAGACACUGUAUGCAUAAACUGUGCCCGUACUGUUGGGUAGUUCAUAACAUUAUUACUUGGUAAUGUGAAUAACAUGCACAUGUGCAAACGCACGCACAUAUGCACACACACGCGCGCGCGUACAGAUGCACACACACACACUCAAACACUCACAUA